CCACUUCGGACUUAUAAAUAAGUUGGUACUACCAUUGAAAAGUGGCCAUCAUCACCGUGGUCACCGUCGUCGUCAACAGAACAACACUGCCUGAUGACCCACCACUGCUGAAGAUCAACGACUGAGCUACAAACCACGCUGGAUCCAUGGUGGUGAUCUUUGCUUUGAAUCAGACUCUCUUGCAGCAGGAGAGCCUCCGAGCAGGCAGUUUCCAGAUCCCCUAUACGACAGAAGAUCUUAUCAAGCAUUACAACUGUGGAGACCUCAGCUCUAUCAUCUUCAACCAUGACACUUCUCAAGUCCCAAAUUUCAUUAAUGCUACAAUGCCAGCCCAUGAGCGUAUUACUGCCCAAGAGAUAGACAGCUACUUCCGUCAGGAGCUCAUCUACAAGCGAAAUGAGCGAAUGGGAAGGAGAGUGAAGGACCUGCUGGAAGAAUACCCCGACAAGAGCUUCUUUUUUGCAUUUGGAGCUGGUCACUUCAUGGGCAACAACACAGUGAUCGAUGUUUUGAGGAGAGAAGGGUAUGAUGUAGAGCACACCCCAGCUGGACAAGCCAUCAACAACGAAAAGCUCUCCAAAACUUUGUUAGCCUUUUCAUCGUCCUCACCAGCACAUCACCCUUAUGUAGUGUCCCAGGAGCUCCCACUGUCAUUGCAUACCCUGAAAGAGGAGGAGGAAGAACUCUUGCCUCACCUGCUGCUCCCUGAUGGCAUCGACGUGCUGGAGAAGGUAGAGAGAAAGUACAAAAAGAAGAAGCAGCACCAGAAGAAGCAAAGACUGCGGCAGUUUAAUGACCUAUGGGUUCGCUUUGAAGAAAGUGCCACCGACCCUCCUCCCCGUAUCCGUAUCAUCAAUGGCUACAUCACAGUGGAACCUCAGCCCCGGGGCCAUGGAUGGUUCAGUCCCGCUCGCACAGACACCAGCUCGCACAGACACAGUGGCUCUCACCAGCUCUCCCACUCCCUUUUGCUCUCACUACUGACUUUGGCUAUGCAUAUGAUUAGGCUGCACUGAGAUGUAAGGGGAGCCGAGUGGCAGAGCUCUCCCCUUAAAAAGCAAAAAAAGAGACUUAAAUUAAAGAUAAAAAUAAAAAUGGAAGACUUUGUGAGUGGGACACCUAUUCUGUGGGGUGUUCUCAGACUGCUUCCUUUUCCUGAACCUGGAUCAUUAACACUAUUAACUGGUUUGACCUGCCCAAUACAGGAGAAGAUAUUUUAAUGAAAGUCUUCUUUAUCCUUCUCUUGCAGAAGAGUGACUUCAUGUUAUCCCAUAAUGCUUUGGGGAAGUGUAUAAUGUUGCUAUAACAUAGCUGUUGUUUAGCUGUAUGAGCCCAACUGAGUUACACUUUUUGCACCUUCAGUGCCUUGUGUGGGGAUUUACACACCACUAGCUUGUUUAUUAGAACAGAGUAUUUUGGUCAUAUGAACACAGCUGGGAGGAAGAGGUUAGUAUUCUCUGGUAAUGCUUUUAAUCCUUUUUAAUUCCUGCUUAUUAGGGCUCCAGAUUGUACAUAAAGGUUUAUAAACAACACCUUCUACAAUGGAAUAAAACA